AUGGCCUACCCUAUUGCCCAGGAAGAAAAUGAGUUGAGUGGUAUCUUUAUAAAUACACACGGCAACGAAGAGAAUUCCGAAGAUCGAAUACAAAAUGCGCAAACAUUACCCCCAGCUGACCACGGUCGCGGAGCAUAUCUCUCUCUCGCAUGUUGCACCAUUGCACAAGCUCCCAUCUGGGGAUACUCUGUAUCGUUUGGCAUCUUCCAGGAGUACUACAGUGAUCCCAUGCACGGCAUAGAUGCUUCUGCUGGGGCCAUCGCCACUGUGGGGUCGAUGCAAAUGGGCAUCAUGUAUCUCAUGAUGCCUGUCAUAUUCGUGAUACUGAACAAAUACCCAUAUCUUCGACGCUGGUGCGGCCCUGUCGGACUUUUAAUCACAGUGACAAGCCUAUCUGCUUCAGCUUUCGUCAGCAAUAUCGUGGGUUUGAUCGCGACGCAAGGCGCACUGUAUUCCGUUGGCUGCGGUCUUCUCUUCAGUCCCAUUUCGCUCUAUAUGGAUGAGUGGUUCAUUCAACGGAAAGGCCUCGCCUAUGGAAUUAUGUGGUCUGGCAAAUCAUCAGUAGGUGUGGCCAUGCCUUUCAUUUUUAGCAGCUUAUUGCGACGCUUUGGACUUCGCGCAACGAUCCUUUCGUGGGCUGUAGCUUCUGCAAUCAUGAUAGCACCAACCCUCGUCUUUCUUAGGCCGCGCAUUCCAUUGCCUUCUGUGUCUCGCUCGCGACCCCUUUCAUUCACGUUUCUCCGCCACAGUUCGUUUUGGAUGAUGCAAUUUGGAAUCGUCAUUCAAUCUCUCGGCUAUCUCAUGCCAAGUACAUAUUUGGCCAGCUACGCUUCAGCUAUUGGCCUCUCAUCUGUCACGGGUCCCAUUUUGCUUGCAUUAUUCUCUAUGGCUUCAGUGCCCGGAUCAUUAAUUCAUGGCUGGCUGGGCGAUAAACUAUCGGCGACGAAAGUGAUCCUCCUUUCAUCUCUUGGCAGCGCCGUUCCUGUUUUCCUUCUCUGGGGGCUUGGUCGCCAAAUUAGUACCAUGGUGGCUUUCGUUAUAUUGUAUGGCUUCUUUGCUGGGGGUUUUAGCUCGACUUGGUCCAGUAUGCUGCAUGAAAUUAAGAGAGAUGAUCGCACUGCGGAGACCUCUCUUGUCUUUGGUCUUCUUUUAGGAGGUCGAGGGCUUGGAUACCUACUCGGUGGUCCCAUUAGUGGCUCACUUCUGUCUAUAAAGGAAGCUAUGACAGAGGAGCCGCUGGGCUACGCUACCAAAUACGGGCCCAUGAUUCUCUGCACCGGUAUUACCGCCAUCAUGGGCGCUUGGGCCCCUUUGUGGAAAGGUGCGAGGAUCGUAGGGCAUCAGGGACUUACGACCUGCUCUCGCAUAUUCGCUACAAACUAA